AUGAGCGCAAUAACAAACGAUGAUGAUUUGUUACCAGUGGGCGUUGAUUCUCUAUCGGAUUAUACACCACAUAAACUUCAUCUUCUAUAUGCAUUACCAAUACCUAUCAAUAUAGAAACAUCAACAAGUAAUAAUAAUGAUGAUUCUUCAAAUUUAUCAAAACGAUCAUCAACUAAAUCAAAAAAAUCAUCGAAAAAACGAAAUUUAAUUCGUUAUUUGAUACCAAUAACUCGUAUUCGUGCUUUAUCAGCUCCUAAUGAGCGAGAUAAAUAUUAUCAACAAAACACACCAAUUAAACCUGUCGAUCAAUGCGAUAUGCGUCUUUUUAUUAUCAGACAUGGCGAAAGAGUUGAUCGUUAUUUUGGACCUAAUUGGUAUAUGUUAGCAUUUGAUCCGCAAAAUCAAUAUCGUCCUUAUCAUCGAAAUUUUCCUCCAAAUCUACCUAAUCGACCAAAUAAAUUAUAUUGGGCACUUGAUACACCAUUAACAUUAUCUGGUUUAAAUGCUGCCAAAAAACUAGGUCGAAUCUUAGCUUCAAAAAAUUUUAAACCAAAUUAUGUUUAUUCGUCACCAGCUAUGCGUUGCAUAUUAACAACAAUUCAAAUUUUAAAAGGUCUUGGAUUAGAAGAUCAAUUCGCAAUUCGUAUUGAACCUGGUUUGUUAGAAUUAGGUGCUGCAAGAUUUGGUAUGAAUAUUUUUUUUCAACCAGUGGAUUGGUUUAGAUAUGGUAUUAAUAUUGAUUUAUCUUAUAAACCUAUAAUGACAAAUAUUCCUUCAUUUGAAUAUGAAAAUGCAUAUUAUCUUCGAUCAAAAUAUGUUAUACGUGAAAUUGAAAAACUUCAUAAUAAUUCAUCACUACCAGUAGUUAAUAUUCUUAUCAUUGCUCAUGCAACGUCUCCAGAAACAUUAACAUGGGAUUUAAUUGGAAAAGAACCGAAUGUCAAUGAUUUAUAUAAACUUUCAUUGAAUAUUCGCUAUUUACAAACGGUUAUAACUGAACGUAAGCAAGAAAAUAAAUUAUGGUCUUUAGAACCAGGACGAUCAGUUUAA